AUGUCCCCAAACCCCAAAUGGGGCUCCAGUUCCUGCGGGGGAGGCAGCGAACGGACGCUGGAAGAAUUUGGUGACAAUGAAGAACAAGAAAAAUUACUGAAGAAAAGCUAUGCAGAAAACGCCAUGAGGUACAUAAAUGGAACUCGUCUGGAUGAUCGGAUCAUUCGCACAGAUUGGGACACCGGCUUUAAGGAGGGCAGGCAGUACAGACAUGGGCGAUCUGGGGGCCAGGUACGAGAUGAGUAUCGGCAAGACUAUGACGCUGGAAGAGGCGGCUAUGGAAAACUGGCACAAAACCAGUGAGUGGUGAGAGCUCUGAAAAACUCCUUUAGUUUGUUGAAUUUGUUGAAGAACAUUAUCCAAGGUCUUCCAACCAGCUUAGUUUACGAAGCUUUGAUCAGUAUCUACUGAGCUGGAAGCAAGGACAGAAUUCAAAAGAAUGCCUUUAAUUCUAGUAUUAGAAUACUGGCCAUGUGUCAGGUUACCAGAAUGAUUUUCUGUGACCAGGUUGAAAACUGUGUUCCCUGGCAACAGAUUUGAUCUAUAAUGUUGAUUAAAACACUAUACUUCUUUUAGGAAGACUGGAGAAAUUUAGAAAUUUGUUUUACCAUGUUUGAGUCUUAAAUAGGUUCAUGAUCUAUAUUGGGGCCUGUAAUUAUUGUUUAAGUUUGCAUGAGAUCAAGUUUAAUAAAUGGAAUUUUGCUAUGUUGUAUAGCUUUGCUCUAAAUUAGGAAUAGGUAUUUCACACUGAAUUUGUUUUCUGUGAAUUCUGAUCUCUAAAGGAAAACUUAGUAGUCACGGAACCUUCCUAAAUAGUUGGUGCAAAAGCUAGCCUUAGACAGUCCCAGAGACACCAAGCUUCCAUGCUUUACAUAUCAGGAAAGUAGGUGCAGGGCUUGAAGAGUAUUUACUAAAUGCAUUUUUUCAAAAAAUGUAAAUAUUAUGCCUAAAGCUAAAAAUAAAUAAGUUUGUAAUGUGGAGAACCUCAAAUAUUCUUAAGGUGGGGGGAGGAGAAAUUAUCAAUAGGAAAUGGGAUGAAAUACCAGAGACACAAGUUACAACACUGCCUUGGCAUGAUGACAGUUGCUAUCAGAGCCAUCUGAUUUAUUCUUUUCACUUUCAGUGAUCUUGGGAAUGGAGUGGGUUUUAAAAAAGAGUUUGAAGACUGAGAGAAUGCUUAACACAACAAUCAGAAGCUCCCUGCAGGAGAUGUCCAUUCUAGCCAAUUCUUACACUGAAGUCUGUUUCCUUUCCAAAUUGUGCUUACUGAGGUUCAAGCCUUGAUAGUGAGCUGAUAAUCUCCAUAGAAAGGGGAGUCUAGAGGAUUUAUUUUGCAUUCACAAGGCAAGAGGUGAUUUCUCUCUAAUGUUGUGAGCUUAUUGCUCAUUUAAAAGUGUUAAGUCUAGUAUAAUUUUCCCUGAUGUGGAAAAAAAUGUGAUUUUUUUUUUUUUUCAUUUAGCAACAAAGUCUGAAGCACCUCAGUGUGAACACAUUUUGUGUU